CGAUACUUCGGCACAUCAGCUAAGCUAAAGCUGCUAAGAAGCUGCUGCAGAGAGACAUGUAGUCAAACUCCUGAACUGUCUCAAUGAAGGAGCUGCCGCAGUGAUCGGGACAUGGAGUUAAGAAACAUCAAGGACCAGUCUCCGCUGGUCCAGGCGAUAUUCAGCCGAAACGCAGAGGAAGUGACGUGUUUGUUGAGCCAUAAUGAAGACGUCACUUCACUGGACCAAGAACGAAGCACACCACUUCAUGCUGCUGCUUAUUUGGGUGAUGUCCAAACUAUGGACCUGCUUAUUGCUUCAGGUGCUAAAGUCAAUGCUAAGGACCAGGGUUUGCUGACUCCUUUACAUCGAGCAGCUGCCUCACGAAACGAUAAGGCUGUGGCGCUGCUUCUAAAGCACAAAGCGGAGGUCAACGCACGGGACAAGUUCUGGCAUACACCGUUACACAUGGCAGCUGCAAAGUGGGCUGCAGGAUGCGCUUUGGCUCUGAUACCACAUGUGCGCAGCCUGGAUGUUGCUGACAGGUCGGGGAGGACGGCACUGCAUCAUGCGGCGCACACGGGCCACGGAGAGAUGGUGAACUUGCUCCUGAGAAAAGGUGCCAACGUGAGUGCCAGAGAUAAGAAGGAAAGGCAGGCAAUCCACUGGGCUGCGUACCUCGGACACGUGGACGUCGUGAAGCUGUUGGUGUCUCACAGCGCUGAUGUGACGUGCAAGGACAUACAAGGCUACACUCCGCUCCACGCUGCAGCUGCCAGCGGACAGUCAGACGUGGUCAAAUAUCUGUUGAGACUAGUGGUGGAGACUGACGAACCCAACAUCUUCGGGAACACAGCGCUCCACAUGGCCUGUCAGACGGGGCAGGACACUGUGGCCACCGAGCUGGUGAACUGCGGCGCCAACAUCAAUCAGCCCAACCACCACGGCAGCACUCCGAUGCAUCUGGCUGCCGCCUCCUCCAGCGGGGUGCUGUGUCUCGAGCUGCUAAUCAACAACGGUGCCGACGUCAACGUGCAGAAUAAAGAAGGGAAGAGUCCUUUGCACAUGGCUGCUAUGCACGGGCGCUUCACAGGCUCCCAGAUUCUGAUCCAAAACGGUGGAGAGAUCGACUGUGUUGAUGUGUAUGGAAACACUCCGCUUCAUGUUGCUGCCAGAUAUGGUCAGGAGCUGCUGAUUAGCACUCUGCUGACGAACGGUGCUGACAAUGCCAAACAGGGGAUUCAUGGGAUGCUUCCCCUACAUUUAGCUGCACUCUACGGAUUUCCAGACUGUUGUCGAAAGUUACUCUCUAAUGGCCAGUUUUACAUCAUGCCGUCUCAAACUUCGUCGGUUGGGUUUGAUGUAAACACCGUAGAUGACCAUGGGAGGACCUGCCUGCAUGCAGCCGCCUCUGGAGGAAACAUUGACUGCCUGAACUUGCUGUUGACUAGCGCCGCUGACCUCGAUGCAAAAGAUAAUUUGGGAAGAUCUCCUUUGCACUAUGCCGCAGCGAACGGGAACAGCCAAUGCACAAUCUCCCUGGUGAGAGCCGGCGCUGAGGUCAAUGAGCUGGAUCUGACAGGCUGCAGCCCUCUGCACUACGCUGCUGCCUCACACACCUUCUGCGGAGGGGAAGCAGCCUCUAAGCCUGUUUACAGUGAGGAAAGGGAACAAGAAGCCUCUUUGUGUUUAGACUACUUGCUGGACAAUGGGGCGAACCCAACUCUGAAGAACAGUAAGGGCUACAGUGCCGUCCACUAUGCAGCAGCUUACGGGAACAAACAGCACCUGGAACUGCUCCUGGAGAUUUCAUUCAACUGUCUAGAAGAAGUUGAAAGUAAUAUUCCAGUCAGUCCUUUGCAUUUAGCUGCGUAUUAUGGUCACUGUGAGGCGCUGCGUUUGCUGUCGGAGACGUUAGUGAGUCUGGAUGUGCGGGACGUCGAAGGCAGGACUGCCCUCCACCUGGCUGCUCAGAAAGGUUUCGCCCCGUGUGUGGAGGUGCUGCUCAAACAUCAAGCCUCCUACACACUGAAGGAGCACAAGCGCAAGUGGACGGCUCUACAUACUGCAGCUGCUGAGGGGCAAAUGGACUGUCUGCUUUUAUUGGUCAACAUGGAACAAAGUGCAGACGUCAUCGACAGCCCAGAUACACGAGGACAGACGGCUCUCAUGCUGGCAGCUCUGGGGCGUCACACCGACUGUGUUCACAUCCUGUUGGAAAAAGGAGCGAAGGCUGACGCUGCAGACAAAAAGGGCUUUACUGCAUUACACAGAUCUGCCAUGUUGGGCAGCGAGGGCUGUAUUUCUGCUCUGUUGGAGCACGGGGCCUCUGCGCUGUGUAGAGACUCUCAGGGAAGGACCCCGCUGCACCUCGCGGCGUCCCUCGGCCACACAGAGCUACUUCAAACUUUGCUAAAAGCUGCUAUGAAAGCUGACCCUCUGGACUCCAUAUUGGACUACAGAGGAUACACACCCACCCACUGGGCUGCCUACCACGGACGUGAAGGAUGUUUACAAAUCUUACUUGAAAACAGACUUUUGAGCAACCAGGAAGGAAAUCACUUCACCCCAUUGCACUGUGCUCUAGUUAACGGACAUGAUGUUGCUGCUGGAUUUAUAGUGAAGACUGUCGGGCCUGAAAUUGUUCAUGUUAACGAUGCCAAAGGAAGGACCCCGCUGCAUGCGGCUGCUCAUUCAGGAAAUGUUGCUGGGCUCCAGCUGGUUCUGGCCCAGGGAGCAGAAGUCAAUGCUGUGGACCAUUGUGGAUGCACCGCUCUGAUGGUUGCUGCUGACUGUGGACAGACGAUGGCUGUCGAGUUCUUGCUGCACAAAGCGAAGCCAGACCUGACCCUGGUGGAUGUCAAUAAUAACACAGCUCUUCACUUAGCCUGCAGCAAGGGUCAUGAGAUGUGCGCCCUGUUGAUUCUGGGAGAGAUCAGCGACUCCUCCCUCAUAAAUGCAACAAACAGCGCUCUCCAGAUGCCUCUUCACAUCGCAGCGAGGAAAGGCCUGGCGACUGUCGUACAGGUGUUACUGAGCAGAGGAGCAGCAGUCAUGGCUGUAGAUCAGGAAGGUCGCACGCCGGCUCUGGCCUGUGCCCCGAACAAGAACGUGGCAGACUGUCUAGCCCUCAUCCUCUCCACCAUGAAGCCUUUCCCUCCCAGAGAGGCCGGCGCAGGUACAGCCUCUCACUUCAACCCCAUCCUGAAGAACUGUGGCAUCGCCGCCACCUGUGGUUCCAACGGCAACCUGUGUCAUGCCUAAGUCAGGCGCCCUGCGGGCCUGCAUGGGUGUUUGACAGAGUGAAAUUUCAUCCCAAAGUCUCCACGCAUAACCACACACACACACAUACAUACAAGUCUCCAGGAACACGUGCACGACUUCUUCUCUCAUGUGUGUCGUAUGCAGCUGCAUGUACACUCUGUGCUCAUGCACCAGUAGCAUUGAUUGCUUCUCUAACAUCUAGUCUUACACAUCUACACUAAUAUUAGCAGACCUCUAAGACUGUCUUCUCCGUCACACGAGUUGAUUUUAGCACAUAAAUACACACACACACACAUAUAUUUGUGUGUGUGUUAAUGAAGUACUAACCUUUUAGAAACGAAUAGAAGUUUUAACACGAGCACACUACACAAGCCUCUCCACUUUUUUUUAAGCUUGUUAAACCACCAAAGCCUGAAAUCUCUGUUUGUCUUCAGCUGAUACAAGUGUAAGAAAACUCGGAUGAUUGUGUGUUUAAUUACGUGUGUGUGUGUGUGAGAGAGAGUGUGUGUCUGCGAGUGCUUUUUUUUACAUAAUAGAAAUCGCUUCUUAAUAUACAUGUUUUAAAAUAUCUAACAGGUGCUGUAAACCUUUUUAUGCAAUUAAUAAGAUUAUUUUCUUAUCGUGCCCAGAGUGUAGCAGACACUACAUUGAAAUAUUCUAAUAUUAUCAUGAUUUACAUUUGUUACAUUUCAAGUUUAGUCAGGUCUCAAGCAUGUGUAUAGUAGUAAUGAUAUAGUUUAGAGAGUCUAGUGUAUAUAUAUAGUUCUUGAUGAAGUUAAUCUUUUACUUGUAUUGUCUUGAAAGUCCCAAAUUAUUGAGAAUUAACCUCAGGUCAGUGUGUACUGUACUGUACUGUACGGUGGAUGCAAUAAAAAGCACAUUUUGAGCUGGAUCUUACGUAACGCAGGUAUCAUAUCGGUUUAAUAAGCCAGAGAAUAAAGCCACGGUUUAAACGCACAGUAUCUUUCAGGCCCUUCUCUACAUCUGCAACUAAAGAUUUAAAUUAAUUUCUGAUUAAUGAGUUGAAGUCGAAGUUCCGAGAGCCCAUGGUGACGUCUUUUUAAAUAAAACCCAAAGAUAAUAUUUAACUUACACCGAGAAAAGAAGCAUAUUCUUCACGUCAGAGCGGCAGUUUUGCUUGAUUAUUAAACUGUUAUUAAAAUUAUUAAAUGGUCAGUUCGCUUUUUCAGUUGAUCAACUAAUCAAUUUGAAUGUUUCAGCGCUGCAUUUCACCUUUUUCUUGUCAUGAUAAUGUUGCCAGUAAUGCAGAGAAAUGAUACGUUCUCUGUCCGGUGGGAAAAAGCUAAAUUUUUCUUUUCGUUAUUGUUCAGCUAUUUAUUGACAUUCAAUAAAUCUUUCACAUGAGUUAAAUGAUUCAAAUAAGAACAAUGUAGACAGUGUUAUUGUUUUUCUAAUGAUUGUUCUUAUGAUUAGCACAAUACGCCUGUACUGGUACAAACAUGUCACUGCCUCUCUCUCGUUUUAUAGAUUAACUUCUUAUAAAUGGUGAGGUGUGUAUUAAUGCGUAUCUUUUUUAUAAUUUGAAAGCUGUACACACACACACACAUACGCAGACUGCAAUUUUCCCCUUUUCUUGUCCCUAUUAGUACCUACUGUAUUAUCUUAAAAUGGCUUUAAAAUGUUUGCACUCUGACUUAAAAGUUUACAUUUUUAGAGUAGGUCGUCCUCCUUCGAUUUAUGCAAAUUUUAAGGUGCAUUUCACAAAUUUAACUAGAAACCAAUUCACUCUGAGCGCAGCUUUUCCCUCAUUUGUUUGGAUGACAGAAAAGUGGUUUGACAUUUCUAACACAAGUUGCAGUGAAAUGUUUUGAAUCAUGUUUGCUCUGUUGCAGCUUUUUUAUGUGAACAAACUGUGUCUUCUGUACUUCUUGCUGAGAUUUCAGGGUGUAACUCAACUUGAAUACUCUGUGUGGGUUUUUUUUUUUAGUUGUGGACGGCAUUCAUAUGAGAGAAAAUUAAUAAAUUGCUAAGAUUGGAAAGAG